AUGACAGUCCGCCUGUCAGCACUGUUCACCGCGCUAUGGGAAGCUCACGUGCCCGCUACCGCUUCCGCCUCCGCCUCUGGCUCCGCUACUCGCGUCACGCGCCACGCUCGAUGCAAACGCAUCGAGUCACAUGCAGAAAGUAUGAACGGCGACAUCGUCUCCCAACCGCCUUCGCCCGACCGGCCCGACCUUGAACUGAACUCAGACAGUUCCUCAUCAGAGCCAUUGGCAGCUUUAGCACAAGCAAGGCUCCAGCAUCCAGACUCUUCUGACAGCGAUGUGCCUCUAAGAGCACACAGGAAAGGUAAAGGAACGAUAGUACUCUUUAUUAUACUGGGCAAGAAGACAAAGAUAGCAAACGGUCAUGUGCCCACCGCCUCGCCAGAACCCGGGCCCGCGUAUCAGAGAGACACCUACAUACCAUCCCCCAACGGGUUAUCUUCAUCGUCAACGGAACAAAUAGAAGUGGAACAGCUGUCAAUACCUGCUGAUGAUGCGUCCUUAACUUACGAUGAAGAUUCGCCCGCUCAUGAACCCAGUCCGGAGUUCCAGCCGCGCGCACGUAGAAAGCGAGCUCGAGACUCGGACAGCGCGCCGUCCCCGCCGCGGCGGCGUCACAGGGACCGCCACCGCCACAGGCAUCGGCAGAAGCUCCCCAAACGAACACGAGAGAGGUUCACAGACGGAUCUUCGCAAUCCAGCUCAUCAAAUUCAGAACACUCGCCAGAAAGAGACGGACAACGUCGCUACGAGUCUGACCACUCGUACCACCCGAGAUGCUCUAGCGAUGAUGAACCUCUACAGAGAUACAGGGAAAGACAAGAAAACGACGCAUCACAGGGAGAAUAUUCUGGAACUAGUAGACCGAGGCCUUCACACAGUCGAAGAGGCGGCGUGAAGCUCCGAGUCCGUAGACCCGCUCGAUAUAACGAGGACAGUGAGGAAGACAGCGGCCGCCAUCAGCAAGCGCGCGCCGCACCACGCGCGCGCCACUCACCACCACCGUCGCAGCCAGCACGCCGCUCAGAGCGCAGCGACAGAGGCCGCUAUGGAAGCAGGCGCCAUGCUCCUGCGCCACUCGGCCGGGAGCAGCGCGCCCGCCAUCGCUGACCACGACUACCUGUACUCCACACACGAGCACAACGGACACGCAUCGAGCUCUCGAUCGGAGGCUCCCGCGGUGUCCAUAUCGUCGCGAGGCCGCGUUCGAAAGCUCACUGCCAAGGCUCGAGGCCUGUUAAGGGAAUAGACAUCACACGCCACAGUAUGUAAGAACAUUUUGAAGAUACAGAAAUAGAUGUGUAAGGUAGUGUCAGAAAAAUAAAAUUAAAUUUCCAUUUUGGAAUUCUUAAACUUUUAUACACUGUGUUUUUUGUUUUCCGUUAAAUUUGAUAGGACUGAAUUGAACCUUAUCAUUGAGCUAGAAAGGCUUUCGAAUCAGAAUAAUUUUACUUAAUUAUGUUUUCUUAGUCACAAUAUGGAAAUUUAUCAUGUGAAUAAAAAAAGUACGCAGUUAGGUCCUCAGGAACCACUAUAUUAUACCGCUUUUUGUUAAACUCGAAAAAAAAUAUUUUGGUUUCCGUACAACAUCAUAAUCAUAACAUUAAAGUCAGUAUCAAGUGUCUAAUGGCAUGUGUCAAAACAAAUAACAUAAGGAAUCUAAUAUUAGGAAGUGAUAAGGAAUGCCACAUACGUGUUUAGUAGUUAAAUUUAUUUUCUUAAUCACUUGAUAAACAACCGUAAGAAUUCAGAUGCUAGUUUCUAGAAAUUAAUUGUAUUUG